AUGAAGAAUUAUUUCCGCUCCAUGGUUGAGAUUCAGGUCUUUGUGGACUUGUGGGAAAGAAGCCCAGAGCUGAGACUCUGGUUUGUGAAGAAGGGAGAGGACGUGUUUCUGAAUGUCACAAUAGCAUUUAUGCUGGUGAGAUUUAGUUUUCUGGAGAUUCAUAAAAGUGUUAAUUUCGUACGAUUUGAUGCUGCUGCAAAACCAACAAUCUUUAGUGAUUACUCUGGAAGGAUUGAGGUGCUUGAGAAAUACUCUGUGAAACUGAAGAAUCUACAAGAGGCAGACAGUGGAGUUUAUACUGCAGUACUGUUGGAAGACAGAAAACAAAUAACUGGAUACAAGAUCACAGUCCAAGAUCCAGUGUCUCCAGUUAUUCUGUCAGUGGACUCUGUGUCCAGCAGCUCAGUCUGGUGUAACCUGACAGUGAGCUGCAGAGCACAGGACUCUCACAUUAACAGCACCUUUAGAUGUGACACCCACACCUGCAGUCAGGAGGGAGGAGAGAGACCACAGGUCACACCCUCUGCUUCUGCUCUCCAUGUCUACCUGUCCAAUGGCUCCAUCAUCUGUAACCAUAGCAACCAGGUCAGCUGGACAAAGGACAUGAAAACAAUUAAAACUGUCUGCCAGACAUGCAGGUAAGACUGAAAGACAAACCACAAACAGCAGAUCAUAGCCUAAUGAACAGUUUUAGACUUAGAGCAUA